UCCCCGCGGCGCGAUGGAGGCCCCGGAGCUGCAGCGGCGGCGCCGGUGGCAGCAGCAGCAGCAGCAGCAGCAGGAUCGGCAGCAGCGGCGCAGGCAGCUGCAGCGGCGGCGGCUCUAGCCCGGCGGCCCCCAGCCGCGUGCGCCCGUGGCCAUGGCCUUGGUGACCCUGCAGCGCUCGCCCACGCCCAGCGCCGCCUCCUCGUCCGCCAGCACUAGCGAGGAGGUUGGCAGCGAUGAAGACCGAAAAUUAAAUCUCAGCCUCAGUGAGAGUUUUUUCAUGGUGAAAGGCGCUGCUCUCUUCCUGCAACAGGGAAACAGCCCCCAAGGACCUCGGAGCCUCCAGCAGCCCCACAAGCAUGCAGGUGACUUGCCCCAGCAUCUUCAAGUAAUGAUCAACCUUCUUCGCUGUGAAGAUAGAAUCAAACUGGCAGUGCGCCUGGAGAGCGUGUGGACGGACCGCGUCAGGUACAUGGUGGUGGUGUACAGCAGCGGGCGACAGGACACAGAAGAGAACGUCCUGCUGGGAGUGGACUUUUCCAGCAAGGAGAGCACGAGCUGCACCAUCGGUAUGGUCCUUCGUCUGUGGAGUGACACCAAGAUACACCUCGAUGGGGAUGGUGGAUUCAGUGUGAGCACAGCAGGAAGAAUGCAUGUCUUUAAGCCUGUGUCUGUCCAGGCCAUGUGGUCUGCUCUCCAGAUUCUGCACAAGGCCUGUGAGGUGGCCCGGAGAUACAACUACUUCCCCGGAGGCAUGGCCCUGGUGUGGGCCACCUACUAUGAGAGCUGUAUCGGCUCUGACCAGAGCUGCAUUAAUGAGUGGAAUGCCAUGCAGGACCUGGAGUCCACGAGGCCCGACUCCCCUGCCCUCUUUGUGGACAAGCCAACAGAAGGGGAAAGAACAGAGCGCCUCAUCAAAGCCAAGCUCCGAAGCAUCAUGAUGAGUCAGGACUUGGAAAAUGUGACCUCCAAAGAAAUACGCAAUGAAUUAGAGAAGCAGAUGAAUUGCAACCUGAAGGAAUUCAAAGAAUUCAUUGACAAUGAGAUGCUUCUCAUCCUGGGCCAGAUGGACAAGCCCUCCCUCAUCUUUGAUCACCUCUAUCUGGGCUCUGAGUGGAAUGCGUCCAAUCUGGAGGAACUGCAGGGCUCAGGUGUUGACUACAUCUUAAACGUCACCAGAGAAAUAGACAACUUCUUCCCCGGCCUCUUUGCCUACCACAAUAUCAGGGUCUACGAUGAAGAGACGACGGACCUUCUCGCCCACUGGAAUGAGGCGUAUCAUUUCAUAAACAAAGCCAAGAAGAACCAUUCCAAAUGCCUGGUGCACUGUAAGAUGGGCGUCAGCCGCUCGGCCUCGACGGUCAUCGCCUACGCCAUGAAGGAAUUUGGCUGGCCCCUGGAGAAGGCCUUCAACUAUGUGAAACAAAAACGAAGCAUCGCCCGGCCCAACGCAGGCUUCAUGCGGCAGUUGUCUGAGUAUGAAGGCAUCCUGGAUGCCAGCAAACAGCGCCAUAACAAGCUAUGGAGGCAGCAGACGGAGCACAGCCUCCCGCAGGGGGCUGAUGACCCUCCCGGCCCCGGGGCCUUUCUGAUGGAGAGCUUGGAUGCAGACCUGGAGGCCCGGCUGGUCACCCUGGACAGCCCCAAGCAGCCUGGGCCCCUGGACAGUCAGGCCCCGGGAAGCCCAUCUUUCCCCUACUGCUUCCGCCAGCUCUCAGACCCCCUCCCCAAUUCCUCAGGUAACGGGGGCGACUUAAUCCAGCUGGAGGAUUUGGAGAGAGAUGCUCUGCUGGGAGGAGAGGCGGUGCCGGAACCAGCCAGACAUCCCCGGAAAGGGUCCGGUUUAUGUGACAAGGAGGUCAGGAAGAGGCUGGAGUUUGGGGUCCCCAGGGCAUCGAGCGGCCCCCUGGCCCACGUGGAGGAGAUGGAGAGGGACGAGAGCCCGGGGGCUGAGAGGCGGGCCCGGCCCCUGAGCCAGCCGCUGGAAAACCGUCUCCACCUCAAAGAGAACGCAAACAACAACAACAGCAAAAGGACAUGCCCCGAAGAUUUUGAGCAUGAUGCCAUAUUUGGAAUCCUGAACAAAGUGAAGCCUUCUUACCAGUCCUGCACCGACUGCAUGUACUCCACCCCCAGGGCAGCACCAGAGACUUUUGGGGAACAGUGUGAGAAACUCAGCUCCCCCGCCAUCUGUACCCAGCCCUCCCUUCUGCCACAUCUUACACCUUCCCCAGUGGACCCAACACCCAGCAAGUCCCGGCUUCUGGAGAGACCCUCCCCGGGUCCUGGAGAGAGCUCCCCAGCCCUGCUCCCAGCCUCCUUUGGCAGGCUGGAUGCCAGCAGCAGCAGGUCUGCCGAAGAGCCCCCAGGCAGCCUCUCAGACCCUCCCAAGGAAUCUCAGAAAGUCCUGGCAAAGUCACUAGGCCUCCUGAAGAACUCUCACUGUGAAAAGAGCCUCCCUAGCCUGGAGGCAGUCAAGGAAGACCCAGCCUCCAAAAAGGAUGCCAAGGCCACCAAGGACCUGAGGCUUCUCUUGUUCAGUAAAGAGCUGGCCAAGCCCGCAGCCAGCAGCUACCUGAUGCAGCACCAGGAAUCCAUCGUCCAGCUACAGAGAGCGGGCUUGGUCCGGAAGCACACCAAAGAGUUGGAGCGCCUGAAGGGGAUCCCCGCUGAGGCCGCAUCCCCACCCCGAGACAGCCCCACCUGCAGCAGGCUGGAAGCCAGCAUCCCCGAGGAAUGCCAAGAGCUGGUUCCCCUCCAAGGUGGGGCGUGCCCCUUAACAUCCCUUCCUGCCCCUGGUGAAGCUGGGGGUGACUCUGAGAAACUGGAGGCUGCCCUCCCUCUAGAAGGGGCCUCCCAGAAGAGCUCCGGGCCCUCCUUCCUCUGCCGGCUGGACCACACCAGCAGCUUCUCAAAAGACUUCCUCAAGACCAUCUGCUACACUCCCACGUCCUCUUCCAUGAGCUCCAAUCUGACCCGAAGCUCCAGCAGCGACAGCAUACACAGUGUACGAGGGAAGCCGGGCCUGGUGAAGCAGCGGACCCAGGAGAUCGAAACUCGCCUCCGGCUGGCCGGCUUGACCGUCUCCUCCCCACUGAAACGCUCCCACUCCCUGGCCAAGCUCGGGAGCCUCAAUUUCUCCUCAGAGGAUCUGUCCAGCGAGGCAGACGUGUCAACCAUUGUGGACUCCCAGGAUGCCAAGCUAAGCGAGUCUUCCUUGUCACAGGAGCCCCAUUCAGCCCCUAGGAACCCACCCAUGACCUUGAAAUUGUCAGGGAAGCCAUCCCCAGGAAACUUGACAAGUGCCCUGUGGAUGGGCAGAAGUUGACCCGGACUUUCAUUGGCCCCCCCUCCCCACCGCCUCCGACUCAUAUUUUCACAUGUUCUCCCUAUUUCUUGUGGUCAGCUCCUGACAUCUCAGUUUAUCAUCUAAAACUGAAAUUAUUUUAAGAUUCCCUCCUCCUCUCUCAGGCCAUAGCUGAAGGGGUUCGUGGGUGGGAAAUCAAUAGCAAAAUAUAUAGCACAAGAAAACAGUAGACACUGAAUGGUCUGGAAGAUCCAGGAAUUUCCUACAGGUCACACAACUGAAACACCCAGGCUGUCCAUUUCCAGAAUAAUGGUAUUGGAGAAGCAAAUCCCUCAUCAGUACCCUACUGGGUUCCAGAGCCUGCUGAAAAUGCAAAGUAAUUGUGGUGAUCCCAUCAUGGUGAUCCCAUCAUGGCGGCCACAAGAGCCCCACCUCAUUUGAGCUCUUGUGGAAAGACUCUUCUAGGGCUAUAUCAAUUCUACCUCUGUUCUGGCAGGGUUUUGUUAUUUCGUUUUUUGUUUCAUUUUGAGUUUUUGUUCUUGUUUGAAAAACAAAGAAACAAAAACAAAAUUCUCGUAACCACCCAAGGCUCGUUCCUGAGAAUGACCACAUCAGAAGGGACUUUUCCAAAACAAACAAAAAGUGGCUUUUCUGGUACCCCAGAUCAAGUUAGAGACAGAACCUCUAACAGUGUUUCAGAGUAGUGGUGAUGGAAGUCAAGGGAAGAUGUGAAAAUGCUGGGGUCCCUGGGCAUUGCCCAGGUUGAUUGGCCAGGAUUUGAGCCCAUCUAGGAGCAGCAUCUGGAUUGUAGGUUGUGUUUUUGGAAGGGUGGUAGGCUGGGGGAUGGGUGCCACCUUCUAACACUGUCACCAUCGGCUGCCCAGGCUUGAGCUCCAUCAUGGGGGGGCUUGGAGGUGAAGGAUCCCACCAUCUGGUCUCUCCUGAAUUCUCUUCUUAUACUGAUCUGAAUGUCCUAGAAUUUCAUGUUUUGAAAACUAUGGUGUCUCUGGAUCGGGGGGCCUGUGGACAGGUAAAUCCUAGGUUUUCUCAAUCUUCCUGCUGUGGUUUCUUCAUAGAAACCUUAAGGAAAUAACACCCUCAGGAAAAGGGCCAGCCCUCCCCACUGUACCCUGUACACCCUCUAUGAGGGUUUCCAUCCUUCCUCAUAGAUUUGCUAGGGUAGUAAGGACAGAGGAAAGGGGACAAGCAUUUAUUAAGCACCUACUGUCUACCAGGCACUGAGCUAAGUGCAUUACGAAUAUUAUCUCACAAUCUGUCUUGAUAUCACCAGGUCUUUGGGGGCACCCAGAAUUCCCUUCUGCUUGCCUUGGGCCAUUUCUUUACCAACACCCAACUGCUCAGGGUCAGCAGAUCACACUGACUUCCCAUAUCAGGAGGAGAUGGAGGUAAUUAUGGGGCCUUUAUUUGUUUUUUAGGUGGGUCAUUUCUGAAUUUCAUAAGGUCUCCUCCUGGGUCAUCUGGGAACAGAUUCUCUGAGACAAGGAAGCAGUUCCUUGAAGAACCUCUGAGAUGUUUACCCAUGUUCCCUAUCAACCACAAAAGGACUCCUUGUAGAAUGAGGAGGUAGAAUUACCUCUGGUUCGGAGGUCCCUUGGGCUCUGACAUGCAGGUCCUUCCAGAUCCAGGGUCUGUGCUUUGCCAGCCCCAAAUCUGCACUCCUGUGACUCCAAGGUCCCUGGUAAUGAAGGGUAUAGGGAGUGGAUAGUAAAUCUUGCAUCAAAUGACUUCCCAAAGUGGUACAGGGGCAGGUUUGGGAUCAGAAACCAGGUCCUCAGACUAAUUCACUUUCCCACUGAAGCAUGGUCCAGCAUUACAGGACUCUGAUUGUAAAGCCCCUCCCAGCUCUGACAUACCCUGUCCUAAGCCACCUCCCAGCUCUGACAUCCCCUGUUCUAGGUCCCCUCCCAUCCCUGACAUUCCCUGCUGUAAGGCCCCUCUCAGCCCAGACAUCACCUGUUCUAAGGCGCUUCCCAGAUAGACAUUUUGUGGGUUCUAAGGUCACUCCCAGCUCUGCCUUCCCUGUUCUAAAGGCCCCUCCCAGCUCUGACAUUCUCUAAUGGUCUUUCUAGCUCCAACUUUCUAUGUUCUGUGAUUCUAAAUUCUUCCCUACUGCUCAGUUCUAACACUGUUCUUUUCUUUUUCCUCUCUGCUUCAUCCCACUGAAAAUGAAGGAAGAGCCAUUGCUGAGAUGCUGGGAUGUGGUUCAGGAUUGGCACUGGGGGCAGGAGCAUAGAUUAAAAUGAAAUGACUUCAGGCCCAAGGUCCAAGGAAUUAUGGACAGAGCAGGGAUGCUUUUUAACAAUCAAAUCUCUUGAGGAAAGUAGGCUCCAGGCUUGAGUCUGAGGAAGGAAGGUGGCCAAUGAUGGUCAGAGAAGCACCCCCUUAAGAAACCUUGAGGUAGGGCUUCCCCGGUGGGUCAUGGCACUUAAACUGCUCAGCCCAGCCCUGCCCACCGCCCUAUGAAGAAAGCACGUCACUGCAGAAAGAACGCCUGGGCCCUUUCCCUGCUCCCCCUGGCCAGGGCCUCCCCCUCGGCAAACUUUUCACCCAUCAUCUUGUCUUUGAGUUGAACAGGUCACAGGGUGGAUAAAGGGAGGUGCAUUGGAGUUUUUCCAUAACGACAUUUUUGCCCUGGGCCAGGAGAAUGGAGGGCCAAGGAAAUGGAAGGAGUGGGCUGGGGGAGCCCUCACCCCAAAGGCACCUGCUCCAGCUUGGGAGCCUGCCAUUGCCGGCUUCUCCACCCAGCCCUGCGAUGCAUAGGAUUACAAAAGAGGCCAAUUUUAUUUCAAUGUGGUGAUAAAAAUAUUUUCAGAAACAAGUUCACACCCGCAAUUAAAAACCCCUGAACUAGAGAGAUGAUCUUAGGAGAGUGAAAAGAACACUGGAUUUUGGAGUGAGAGGCCAAGAGUGCCAGUCUCUGUUCUGCUCUUUACUCCCCAUCUGUGUGGUUUGUCCUUCAUUCUUGAAGAGGACCAUGACGUCAGGAAGGUGAUGCCAUGACUUUCUAGUAAAUUGGA